UCUACGUUCAUCCAUCAGGACAAGAAGCGAUACACUGGUCAUUACCUUGAAUUCAGAGGACCCUCCUUGACACGCUGAACAUGCCUUACAGAACCAUCGGCAUCCUCUAUCCUGGUGCUAUGGGAGCCUCUCUGGCUUGGACACUUCAUACCCGAGUGCCCAACCUUGAGCUUUUGACGUCUUUGGCAGGUCGAUCAAAAGCGACGAAAGAUCGAGCUAGGAGUGCCGGACUCGUCGACGUAGAGUUAUCCGAGCUGGUCGCUCGAUCAGAUAUCAUUAUCUCCAUCUUACCUCCUUCUGCUGCGUUAGACAUGGCGAGAGCGGUCCUCGAGCAUCUCCCACCUCUGAGCAAAGACUCUCCUCCGCCAGUGUAUAUCGAUGCCAAUGCCAUUUCUCCAGGGACAGUGGAAUCUAUUGGAAAGUUGUUGAAGGAACAUCAAAUGCCAUUCAUAGAUGGUUGUGUGAUUGGGGGACCGGCGAAAGAAGGCUACGAUCCGAUGAUCUAUCUUUCCACCGAAUCGUCCCAUGAGAGUAUCCUCCAGGACGUCGCCUCGGUCUUAUCUGGACAAUCUGAUUCAGAGGGCCACAGAGGACUCUUGGUCGAAGUGAUGCGUGGUGCUGGACAGGGUGCGGCCAGUGCGCUCAAGAUGGCUUAUGGAGGGAUCAAUAAAGGGACCACGGGAUUGGCAGUGUUGAUGGUGUUAGCUGCUCACGCUCAUUCACCUGAAACCGCCGAAGCCCUCGUCAAGGAACUAGCGAGAUCUCGACCGGACGCUUUGAAAGGGUUCAGUAGUGGAUUCGAAGCGGUCAUACCAAAAGCAUACAGGUUCGUAGGUGAGAUGGAAGAAAAUGCCUCGUUCAUUCGCACCGCUCUUUCUUCACUCCCUGGUUCCGACAAACACGAAGCAGAGGCCGUAGCGAAUACUUAUGAAGGUCUAGCCAAAGUCUUUCAACGAGUCGCCGAUAACGUACGCUAUGGCGAAUCCGCGUCCUCGAACAAAACAGAGACAGAGGCUGUCACUUCUUCUUCCUCGGACGAAACUACGGGAGUAUCGACAACCGGAGUAUCAACGACCGACCUGUCUCCUGCAGCUCGUGAGGCCCGAGCGAGCGAGAUACAAGUCAUGAAGCAUUUCUCUGCGCGUGGAAGGGAGCUCUUACAUGGCAACAACAGCAAGCGAUGAGACGCACAAGCAGGGUCAGAGCUGAAUAUCAUGGCUGAUCGGAUACAAUAUGCAUAUACAGUUAUGAAG